GGGAGCUUCUCAUGCGGGAGAUGCAACGGCUGGCCAUGGUGAACAACGAAGUGGCAGAUAGGAAGCUGUACGACUACUGUUCUAUGAAAUGCAAAAGCGUCGUACUAGUAGAAAUUGCAUUACAAACUAGCUCAGCAUUACAAAUGAAAUUUCUAGUUCUGUUUUACCCUAGGAAAUGAACUUGUCAUGCAUGAAAGCAAUUACUACGAGUACGAUACUUCUGCAGUUCAUAUGUUCCGCGGUCAAGCAAAUCCGGGCGUUACUGGGUGGAGGUGGCAGUGGUUGCCGUAGUGGCACUACGACGAACAAUGAUGGUGCGAAGUCUGGUGACCACAAAGGCGAGGCACUCAUGCACAUGGUAGAUGAUGCAAAUGCUGACCCAGUGAAAGAAAUGGGCCUGGUCGCCGAG